AUGACCAACCCACAAGACAAUCCUGGAACUCCUCCACCACCCACUCCCUCAAAUUCAUCCACACCUCCUCCACCCAGUUCAUCUCCAAAACCCAGACUGAGAAGGUUAAAAAUGCUUACUCGAAACACAGUAGCGUCUGGGGCUCUAAGGAAGAAAUUAAAUGAGAAGUUGAAGGCAAGCCAGGCUCAAAACUCCGACUCCAACUCUGAUUCUGAAUCAUAUCAAUCCGCUACUAAGGGGGAAGGACCUAGGUCUUCUAAUUCUGAAAAGACUCAAGAAUCUCCUUCUAAGAAUUUAGAAUUGCCAGGGUCACGAAGGAGUGGAGAAAGGGUAGAAGAGAGUGGCAAGAAGUCAGGGGGAAGUGGUUUUGGGGAAGCUGCUGAGGGGUUGGUUAAUCUGAGCACACAAAGAGAUGAACCUGGUUCAUCUGCUUAA